AUGAAUGACUCGCGGCCAUGUUUAGAGGUUUGUUUUUUUUGGAAAUAAACUCUGAAAAAAUGUUUUCUUCCAGUGUAUAAAUACAAUUUUCUAUCGUCCUUUUCAAGCGAUGAUCGGGUGUCAAGUGUUUUUUGCCAUCGCCUCGAUUUUGUCGGUCACACAUUUUCUGCUAGUAUUUAUUAGGCCUUCGCCGUUGCACAGGAAUUUUAAGGUUAGGAUUUGCCACGUAGCAGGUAGGGUUAGGAUGUCUGCGAUUCUAUAGGGUUUCUAUGAAAUAUUCAGACUCAAAGUAUGUAUCAAAAAAAGUUACAAUUUUUUUUCAAAAUUAGGAAAUUUGUUUCGAAAGCCCUUGACAUGUGUCAAAUUGUUUUUCUAUAUAAAUCCACGUGGAAUGUGAUAUUUUCAAAAUUAAACCUGAAAAGUUUCAGCUGUCUGAAAUUUCUGAAAUAUAUUUUAAGCUUUUGAUAAAGCAGAUUAUAUUUAAAACCUUUUCCCCCGCAAUUCUGAAAAUUCCAAAAAUGUGUUUUGCUUUCAACCCUGAAUUAUUCACAUUUCUUGAAACCAGAUAUAUCUAAUUAGGAAUCAUUAAAACACAUACGCAAAAUAUAAUUAAAUCACUAUGUUUUCAGACCCUGCUAACAAUCUAUUUCCUCAAUUCAAUUCUGCAUAGUUGCAUAUUUUUGGCAAGUGUUGGCUCACUUUUCUAUCGCGUUUUUUUCUACGAAAAUGCUCUUGAUGCGUUUAUGGAUCGUAACACUUAUAUAAUUCUACAUCUCCUGAUUUGCUUCACGUUAAACGUUCAGAUCUUAUCAGAAUUUCUGAUAUGUGUGGAGCGAGUUAUCGCAACCAUUCGAGUUAGCAAGUAUGAAAACGAAAAUUCUAAAUUGACGCUUUGGAUGUUUUUUGCAAUUAUAUUUUUCCUACCUGUAGCAUUUAUUCAAUGGGCGUAUUAUGAUGAGAAUUUCGAGCAACCCCAACUUUUCCCUUUGGUUGCACCAAUCAGUGCACAACAAAAAAUCAAUAUUCUAUUUGUGAUUGGGAUGCUCUUCGUGGUCUCUGCGUUAAUUAUAACAUUCUAUACAAGAUAUAUCAAUAAGAGGAAAAAGACAAUGUGAGUUAUCAUAACUUAGGAAUUGUUUACAGAAAAAAAAUAUUUUCAGUUAUCAGUUUCGGCUUACAACUCGCUACCAGAUUGCUGAAAACAUUGUGACUAGUCAUAUAAUGUCUACCGUGUUAUUCAGCAAUUUAUUCGUCACAAUAUUUUUCACUGUCUCUAUCAUGAUUCUGAGAAACUUGAGAGACAACGACUUUGUAAAUCAGAACUUGGGUUUCUACUCUACAAUCAAAUUACUAGUUUAUCCUCACCACGUGGCAGCUGUGAUAAUUCCAAUGUUCUCUGGAUGUUAUUUACAAAAAUUGAGACAAACUCGGAUAGAAUCAUUGACAAAUAUGGUUACAAUUCAGUCGAAUGGAAAAAUUGCUAGUGAAACUUAUCGAACUUAUCUAACUCGCCAAUGGACAUAA